AUGGCGUCCACGGGUGAGCCGAUGUCGGCCAUUGAGGAGUUGCUGAAGAUGCAAGAGGCGGCCAUGAGCGGUGACUUGGGCGAUGACUCUGGGGAGCAUUUAGGACAGCUUGAUGGGAACGGUAGCGUGGCGACGGGACCAACGGACACACAUGAUUUCUCGAUGGCCAUGGAAAAUCCGUCUCUUCAGAUCAACUCUCAGCCCCCUAUUUCCACAGAUUGGCACAUGGGAGGAGCUGCCACAUCUUCAUCAGAAUUGCCGGUUCUGACCAGCGCACCCGUUCAGCCCGCCAUCCAAGCGCCAGCUAGCGAGCAUCCGCCGACGGCUAACCCGGGGGACAUCUUCUCUGGCAAUCUUAUGGCCGCUGAGACCGCACAGCAACUACCCAUGACGAUCUCUCCGUCAGACAUUAGUCGCUCGAUCGAGCCGGAUGAUCCUCUAACCUCACUGCAUCAGCUAGAUGAUGCGCCGUUGAGCAUUCUACCUGCAGAGGACACGGCCACGGCGAAGAGCACAGCAUCAUCCCCUGAUGUCGAACAGUAUCGAUCUGGGCCCCCAACGUCGAUGGACCAAAGCGAAUACCUUGUUACCGUCUCCUUCCCAGCGAACAUCCGCCCUCUCUACCUGAGCACAAUCACCGUCUACAAGAACGAGAUCGAGCAGUUCAACAGACUCUGUCGAUCUGGCGAGGCUUUGCCGGAUGAGACGCUGGUGAGCGCCAUUGGAAGGCUUCUAGACCAGCUGCGUGAUAUCUGCGACCUCCCUGCGCCUCUCGACAGUGGCACCAUUGACGCGCUAGCAGCGGAAGAUCUCAAGAAGCACGCCAUGGGGACCAAUAGCAAGUACUUCUUCGUCGGACGGUUCCUGGAGAGGCUCCAGACAAGCCACAAGAAGGUGCUCAUUGUUGUGCGCGACAUUACCAUCAUGGGUUACCUUGAGGCCAUCAUUGGUACCAGCGAUAUUGCGUACUCUUUGAAGGGCUUGCACGAGCUUGAAAGCGACGACGAACAUUCUCUGAACGUCGUGCUUAUGCACACAGAACAGACUCUCGUGGAUGAUUUGAGCGACUUUGACGUCGUCAUUGGUUUCGACGGCGGCAUCAUGAGGACUGAUGUACUGAGCCGCUGGGCCCAAAUGAACGGCAGGAAACCUAUGCUGAUUAGGCUGAUGACUACAUACUCAGUCGAGCAUCUCGAACCGAUGUUGGGGGACGACAUGAGCGAACUAGAUCGCACGAAUGCUCUGCUCAUUGCCAUGUUCCAGUCCCGGGGUCUCAUUAGUAAUGAUGAACUGGGAGAGAUGAUUGAUGGACUCACGGCUCAUUUCGCUAACCAAGUUAUUGAUCCGGAGCCCAACUUUGGCUGGGAGCCCGAGCCCGUCCCGACUGCAGUUCUCGAUCUUUACUCCGACAGCCAACACCAAAGCCAGAUGCCCCCAACGGCUGAGGAGCUGACAAGUCGGAAGCGGAAAGCGGAUGAUGGGCCCCAAGAGGUCACAAAGCGCCUGCGCGUGAGCCCUUCCCCAGGUCGAGAUGGCGGUAGCAUCGACGACGCGGUCCGCGGCCACCUGAACCCCAACCCAACCCACGUACAGGUCCGCACGACGCAGGACCAUCUCGACUCGUUGACCACAAAGGUAUUGUAUGAUCAUUCGGUCUCACAGUGCAAGGCGCUAACCAUGAUCCAGAUCUCUGAGCUCGAGUACCAAUUAGCAGAAAAGACGACUCUAGAGGCAAACUUGCGCAAGCAUGUGAACAGCCUGUCAAAGAGGGUCAAGAGUCAUGACAAGACCAUUAAUAUUAUUCAGGAGAAACACAUGGCUGCGCUGAAAGAACGCAGCCAAUUUGAGGCAGAGCGAGAUGCGGCCAAGCAGACCGAGGAAAAGGCUCUCAAGAAGAGCCAAACCUGGCAGAACAAGGUACAAAAGCUCGAGGAAGAGCUCAAGAAGAAGUCUGCAACUCUCGACGAAGCGCUGGUCGACGCCGGCACAGUGGCCACGGAGGUGUUUAAGCAAAAGACGGACGAGCUCGAGAAAUCCCUCGCAAAGAUUGCCGAUCUGGAAAAGAAGCUCGAGAGCCGCGACGGCGAGCUCAGCUACGCGCGAGACGCCUACCAGACGGCCAACCACGCUAACAGUGAGCUGUCCCGGGAGAACAAGGAGCUCAAGGAGCAGGUUGCCGAGUUCCACAAGCAGGCGGCCGGCAGCCUCGCGCAGAUCCAGGAUAUCAACUCCAAGGAGCAGAUCAAGGAGAUGCAGCGGCAAAUCGCCGAGACCCAGGCCAUCAGUCGGGACCGCGAGAAGGAGCUCGCACGCGUGGAGAAGGAGCUCCGUACGCUCAAGAACGGCCGCAGGGAGACGCGCCAGCAGAGCGUUCCCCGAAGCCCGCGCCUCGGCAUGAUGAGCCCUAGGGCGCCGCGCACGGCUGGAGGUUCGGCUAGUAGGGGAACCUCGCCCGUUCCGUACGAGUCCUCGGGCACGGGGAGCACGCCCGUGCCGGGCAUGCAGUUCCUGCCGUCGAACAAUCACAGGUUCAACCACCUUAGAGAGUGA